AAGAACUUGUAAACAAUGGCCAAAAGCAAAGGAAAAUUACAGAAACUAAGUAAUGUAUUUCAUGUCACAAACGGUAGGAGUAUAAAAUCCAAAAGCAAAGCCAAACCAGUAAAGUCCACACUAAAGAAAAUCAAUGUCUCCAACAAUGACAAAGUGAGCAAAGUCAACAAAGCUUUCACAGAACUGCACAAAGGUGUUGCCCAGCUAAAAAAGAUGACUGCAUCAAAAGCAAAGCCAAACCAGAUUUCCAAGCCAACACCAGAAGCAGAUGUUGACAAUGCUGCAGAUCUAUUUCCACAGCUAUAG